CCCUUUAUUCUCAAAUCAUGUGUUCUAAUGGAUUUGGCCCAAAUAGUGGUUGACCCGAAUCCACCUUUACAGCGGAAUCUCAGACUCUCAGUUGGGUUGUUAGAACUGUUCUACCACUGAGAAAGUACAGACAGACAUAGAUUAUGUCUAAAACCUCCGUCACCGUCAAUCCUCCGUCAGGGGAAGAAACACCGUCUCCAUCGCCUUCCACGGUAACGAUCUCCGACGACCUUGUGGAUAAAAUUAACGGAUUUUUUCGAGACGUGGGAGUAUCUUCCGACAUCCCUAAGAAUUACCAAUCAAAGGGUUCAUAUUCCAAUCUGUUCAGUGAAAUUGUCACAGUAGAUCAAAUCCAGCGUGGUCGCAUUUCCUGCAACUUCUCUGUCUUGCCUUCAUUAUCUAAUUUUUAUGGUGGACUACAUGGAGGGGCUCUUGCAGCUGUGGCUGAAAGAAUGGCGAUUGCCUGUGCUAGAACUGUUAUAGCUGAGGAUAGAGAUAUUUUUCUUGGUGAAUUCAGCUUGUCUUAUCUUUCUGCCGCUCCUACAAAUGAGGUAUUGGUGGUUGAUAGCGCUGUAUUGAGGAGUGGGAAGAAUUUGACUGUAGUUGCCAUGGAGUUUAGAAUCAAGAAAACUCAGAAGUUGGCUUUCACGGCUCGUGCUACCUUCUAUAACAUGCCUGUUGCCAAAUUAUGAUGUUCUCUCUUGGUUUGGGGAAAUUUGACUGUAACUCAAGAUCAAGAAAUCAGGCCAACUGUUCUACACUGCUUGUGCUACAUUGUAUCGGAUGCCAAUCGCCAAGUUAUGAAAUCUCGCACUAGUCUGCCAAUGCAUGAAAGUAGAUGUUUUUAAGUUCACCAUUCAUUUGCCUCAGGCGUGUUUCUCUGUGAUUACCAACUUAUAAGAGUAUGAUAGAAGCUUGACGUCACAUGAAUUUGGGUUAAUUUGGCCCUCUAUUAAAUGAAGUAAUAUAUGUGUGUGCUGGCUAACAAGGCACAAAGAAAAAGAAUCUUCUUGCUAUUCAGAUUGAA